AUAUCUCUCAACCAGCAACACCAUUCAACCAUCAAACUUCAUCUCUUUCUCUGAAACAUUCUGCUCUUCCAAUCCUAACAAUUCAUUUACCUUAUUAUUCUAGAUCAUGGGUUUCCGCUUACCGGUUAUCGUACAAUCCAAGAAUGCAAUCCGACGGGCUGUGUCUACUCCAAUAUCUUCGAAUGUACCAAAAGGGCACCUUGCAGUAUAUGUUGGAGAAACAGAUCGGAAAAGAUACGUAGUCCCAAUUUCAUAUUUGAAACAUCCUUUUUUCCAGAGCUUGUUGAGAAAAGCAGAAGAAGAGUUUGGGUUUGAUCACCCAAUGGGUGGUCUUACAAUUCCCUGCACAGAAGAAGAUUUCAUUGACAUUGCACGCAGCUUGAAUUGUUGAUAAAAUGCAAGGACAACAAUACAUAAUGAGAGUUCUAAAACAACUAACUAGAAAGCCUCCACUCAACAAUUUUUUGUCCCAGUCUCGGCUUCGAAUGUACUGUAAUUAUAUUAACAGUCAAAUACAAUGUAGAUCGAUGUAUACACUCUUUACAUGAAAACUUUACAAUUUUGAGUAUCUUCCAGUUGAGAAAAAUCUGACUCAUAAUUCCUUUUAUCGUUGGGUUUCAUUGAUUGGCAGCUUAACCAUAUCUCCAAAGUUCAAACAUUAAAUUUUGAUUUACUUAGCAUUUGUGAACAAGAUAGAUGAUAAAAUAUGCAUAGGUAGAGUU